CCGUUUCCCAAACACCCUUUUACUAAGGGGCCUUUUAUCUUCUCUCCGAGCUUUGGACGGUCCGUCCAAAACCCUAGGCGUAGCCAUCUCGGCCUCCUUCUGUCUGUCCCUCGGUGGAGCCAUGGGGUUGCUGUCCUGGUGGAAGGGAAAGGACGCGCCGUCGCCUCCACCGCAACCGGCGGCGAAGGGCGAAGCGAAGGUCCCCGGCAGCACGAAGCCGGCGGAGGAGGUCCCCGGGAUGAACGGGGCGGUGGAGGUGCGGCGUCCGUUGGACGUGACGGUGUUCGAGUUCGGGUCGGCGGCGGCCUCCGGCGACAACGUGACGUUGGCCGGGUACUGCCCGGUCUCCGACGAGCUCGAGCCGUGUCGGUGGGAGAUCAUCCCGGCCGCUGGGUCCGACGCCCCCCAGCUCCGGAUAGUCUUCUGACUGUUGAAUGAUCAGAUGUGAUGAUUGGUGAUGAUGGAUGAUUUUCUUCUUUUCCCCUAUUUCAUAGGAAUAACUCCAGUUUUACAUAUCGACAAAAUAAAAGUUGUAUUUUUAAUACUGGUUAUUGUGACGUUGCAUAUUGAAUACCUACUUAUAAUUGUGUCUUAUGUAUUUUAGGUUCAGUCUAUAGUAGGAAGUUAGAAAUAUUUUGUAUUUUGACUGUAAAUUCAUGACGUUAUACAUAUUGGAGAGAUGAUAUCUGUUCAUAUGUUAUUGCCCAAUUAUCAUUCCCAUAAGAAGACCUUGGGCACCGCUCUUGUAGCUUGAUUUA